GCAUCUCUAAGGAUUGUUUGCGGACCGCCAUAAUACCAUAGAAGAAGAAGGUUAUUUCGGUCGAGGAACGUCACCUGCGUCUGUCUGUAAGGUGUUCCGAAGCCAGGGAAAGGAUGACCGGUCAGACGGAGGCUGAUAUACCUGAAACGGGAGCAGUCUUCACCUUUGGGAAGAGCAAGUUUGCUGAUAAUGUGCCCAGUAAAUUCUGGCUGAAGAAUGACCAUCCAGAGGAAAUCUCAUGUGGAGGGGAUCACACUGCUGUCAUAACAGGCCAUGGCAGGCUGUUCAUGUUUGGAAGUAAUACCUGCGGUCAGCUAGGACUUGGGUCAGAGAUCAAUGUCAACAUCAACAAGCCCACCGCUGUGAAAGCGUUGAAGUCUGAAAAAGUUAAGUUUGCAUCAUGUGGGAGAGACCACACAAUAGUGUGCACAUGGAGUGGGCGUGUUUAUGGUGCUGGCAGUAACCAGGAGGGGCAGCUUGGUUUGGGACACUGUGACGACACAAACACCUUCCACCUGCUUCAUCCUUUCUCUGACCAUGCACCAAUCAAAAUGCUUGCUGCUGGCUGCAACACCUCAGCUGCCCUGACAGAGGAUGGCAGGCUGUUCAUGUGGGGUGAUAACUCUGUGGGCCAGAUCGGUCUGGGCACAGAGAGCUACACCUCAGAGCCCAGAGAUGUGAUGGUGGGACAGCCAGUGGCCUGGGUGUCUUGUGGAUACCACCACUCAGCGUUUGUCACAGUGGAUGGGGACCUCUACACGUUUGGGGAGAGUGGGAGCGGAAGACUGGGUGUAUUCCCAGAUCAGCUAGCCAAUCACAGAGUCCCUCAGCGUGUGGAAAGCAUCCAGGAUCCAGUCAUCCAAGUGUCCUGUGGAGGGGAGCACACAGUGGCACUCACAAAGGACAAUGUGUACGCAUUUGGGCGGGGGCAGCAUGGGCAGCUAGGCCAUGGGACCUUCCUGUUCGAGGUACCUUUGCCAAAAGCACUGGACCACUUCCGGAAUGGCAGAGUCAGUCACGUAACCUGUGGAGAGAACCACACUGCAGUGAUCACAGACAGUGGGAUUCUAUACACCUUUGGCGACGGUCGCCAGGGUAAACUAGGACUGGGGGAAGAGAACUUCACCAACCAGUUCAGACCAACACUGUGCCCACGCUUCCUCAAAUACAGUGUCCAGUCAGUAAGUCAAGUAGUGUCUGUGUCUAUGUUCGUGCACCUGCUAAUACUGUGUAUGUCUGUUCAGGUGGCAUGUGGCGGCUCUCACAUGCUGGUGCUGGCUAUGCCCAGACUCCCAGAGGUUGAGGAAGUGGUGAUAGAGGAGGAUGAUGUUACAGAGAGCAUUCUGGAGUCUCUGGAGACCUACACCGAGCUGCUCCUGAUGGACCCCUCCUUCCUGAUGCCCAACACACAGACCACACCUCCUCUCUGGGCCCUGUCUGCUAGGGCCCGCCGCAGGGAGAGGGAGAGUUCUCCAGAGCAGUUUGGCCAGAUGUUCCGUAACCUUCCGCCUCUGAUGUCAGGCUUCCUCAACGCCUCCCUGCCCCUGUCCAGAAAUAUCCGCAUCUCCAGAACACCAUCUGAAGACCCCUGCACCUCCUCACUGUCCUCCAAUCUCUCCUCAAACGACCCCCCCAGCCCCUCACUCUCCCUUAAAUCCAGAUCCAAAACCCCAUUAACACUGUCACCCAUGUUCAUAUUCCCAGACCCUCCUAGCCCUUCACUCUCCUGCAAGUUCUCCCCUAAGAAGAGUCCCAGCCCAAAAUCCCCCAAAUAUGCAUCUAAAGAACACCUCACCCCCCCACAGUCAUUUAAAUCCACACAUAAACUCAUCCCCACCCCCCCAGUGUCCCCUAAACCCUCCUUUGUAAAGCCCACAGAUGACAACCAAUCCCCCAAAACGCUGUCUGAGGGUCCCACCACACCACAGACAGAGAGGACCAAGGACACUGUGAUAGAAGCAACUGACAGCCGGAUGCUCAUUGAGAAUUUGGAGAAGAACAUGGAUGAAGGGGACAAUAAAGACAUGUUGCCAGACCUGGCAUUACCAUCAGGGGGAGAUUUUGGCGAUGAGACUGGGACUACAUCUGCAGAACAGAAGGAUAAGGGACAUAAAAAGGGUCGGGCUCUGAGGAGAGCUGUUAAGGAGGCAGAAAUGGAGGUUGAACAAGCCCCGGCCAACAGGAAGCUGCAGCUACUUUCCCAUAAGGCCCUUCCUACCGAGCUUCUGAGAGGCUCCAGCUUGAGUUCAUUAAAGGCAGAGGGCACGCCCCCAAAGAGCCCCAAAUGCUUAAUGAACCCUCAGACCCCAGCCAGCGGCAAGGAAAACAUUGCCAUGACAGCAGAAAAUUCUGGCAUCAAAGUGAACACCAGUAAACUGACAGGUAGUAAUCUGCAAAGCACAGGUAAAGCAGGGUCUAAACCAAUUUCACCAGCAAAGAAACAAAGCAAGUUAUCCGUAUCGAAACCUAGCACUCCUACACACAGCCAGAUCCAGAUAUCUGUGUCUAAACCCAGCACUCCAAAACAUGGUCAAAACAAACUGUCUGAAUCUAAUCCCAGCACUCCAAAACAUGGUCAAAUCAAACCGUCUGAAUCUAAACCCAGCACUCCAAAACAUGGUCAAAACAAACCGUCUGAAUCUAAACCCAGCACUCCAAAACAUGGUCAAAACAAACUGUCUGAAUCUAAACCCAGCACUCCAAAACAUGGUCAAAACAAACAGUCUGAAUCUAAACCCAGCACUCCAAAACAUGGUCAAAACAAACCGUCUGAAUCUAAACCCAGCACUCCAAAACAUGGUCAAAACAAACUGUCUGAAUCUAAACCCAGCACUCCAAAACAUGGUCAAAGUAAGCUGUCUGAGAUGAAUAAAGGUACAGAGAUGAAAGGUAAAGGCCCUGUAAAAGUUCAAGGUAAAGAGGCUUUCAAAGACAAGAAAUCUAAAAUUGCAGAGGAAUAUACUAAAACAAUUGAAGUUCAAAAUAAACCACUUCAAGAGAUCAUGUCCCCUCCAAUCAAAGUUAAAGGUAAACCUGUGGAAAAGGAAACAACUCCAAUUAAGGCUACUGCUGAAACCAUUCCUUUGAAAGUAAAGAGCAUUCCCAAGAAGAUUGUAGAUGAUAACAAACCAUCUGAAUGUAAAGGCACUCCAAUAAAAGGAAAAAAGAAGGCAAAAGAGGUGAAUGAAGAGAAGAUGGAAGAGUCUAUUACUUUCAACGAGUCAGGGACAAUAGUGGGGAACAAAAUGGCAGUUAAAGAUAAAGGCAAAGAAAAAGAAAGUGCAACCACCAAAACAAAACAUGUGCCCAAACCAAAAGAUGUUGAAGCGAAACUAACUGAGUUAGAGGGAGUCCCAGUGAAACUGAAAAGCAAGCCGACAGAGGUUUCCAGCCAAGCAGUCUUAGUAGAACCUACCUUAAAGGCCAAAUCACCAGUCACAUCACUCUCAUUAUCAGAUGCACUACCUCAAAAUGCUGGAGAUAAGAAGUCAACAAAGUCACUGGUUGUCUGUCAGGUCAGGGAUAGAGUGGAGGUCCCAGGGGAAGAUGCCUUUGAUGAAUCCCAGAAGGGGAAGCCUAGCUGGGGAGGAUUUCUCAGCGAUGCAGCCUCUCUCCUUCCAGAUGUGGGGAUGGCGGGGACAGCCAUGGGGGUCCUGAGUGAGGUGGUGACGAGCGUGAGGGGGAUUCAGUCGGAGAGUGACACAGACACUUCUAUCCCUCCUCGGCGGUCCAGCCGGGUAGAGAGGUUCACCAAACAGAGCGCCAUCACCCAGCCUUCCUCCACAUCACCCUCUUCUUCAACAUCAGAUCCAAGCACAGCAGAGCAAAGCAAGAGGACUGACGCCCGCAUCGGCACCCUCAGGAAUUCUGAUCAGGAAGUGGGGAGCAGGAUUAUUGAGAAGGACCCAGAAACCACAGAGGCUGCUAGCGAGAGGUCAGGGGGUCAGGCCAAGGUCGAUUAUGAUGAGAACUCUAGUAGUCAAAGUUCGGGAGCUGAGGAUGAUGAAGAUAAAGAGUCCACAAAGAGACAUGGAGAUGGGACAGAAAUGGAGAGCACCAAACAAGAGGAAAAAGAGGAUUACAGAAGUGUUAAGGGUCUGGAAGAUAACAGUGAAGACAGUGAUACUGUGGCCAGCGGAGAGGGAGAGGAGGGUAGAGAAGAAAAGAGUGAAGACAGCGAGGGCGGAGAGGCAGAAGAAAAGAGUGAAGAGAGCGAGGGCGCAGAGGCAGAAGAAAAGAGUGAAGAGAGCGAGGGCGCAGAGGCAGAAGAAAAGAGUGAAGACAGCGAGGGCGGUGAGGCAGAAGAAAAGAGUGAAGAGGAUGCGGAGGCUGAAGAAGAAGAAGAAACGAGUGAUAGUGUGGGGACAGGAGAGGGGGAGGAGGAAGACGAGAGGUGUGAGAGUGAGGGGACAGGAGAGUGGGAACAGGGAGAGAAGAGUGAUAGUGAUGCAACUAUAAAGGGGGAGGAGGAAGAAGAGAAAAGUGAUGAGGGCGCAGUACAGGGGGAGGAGAAAGAAGAGAAGAGUGAUAGUGAGGGGACAAGUGAUGGGGAGGAGAGCAAAGAGAGUGAUUCUGAGGCAAGCCUAGAGGAGGAGGGAGAGGAGACGAGUGCACAGAGUGAGGGGGAAGGAGAAGAGGGCGAAAGUAGUUCUGGGACAAGUGGAGAGGAGGAGAUGAGUGAAGAAGAGUCCAGUGAUGAACAGAGUGGGGAUAAAAAAAAAGAGGAAGAGGAGGAGAGCAAUUUGAGUGAGUAUGAAAACGAGGAGAGUGGUGAUGAAUCAGGAAGUGAGGCUGAGAGCAAGAGUGAGGUAUCAGCAGAAGAGAAAGAAGAUAAACAAGCAGAAAAAGCAGAAAGUAAAGCCACUGAGUUUGCAGAGGAGGAAGGAGAGAACCAAGAAGAGGAAGAGAGUGGAGCAGAGGAGGAAGGAGAGAACCAAGAAGACGAAGAGAGUGGAGCAGAGGAGGAAGGAGAGAACCAAGAAGACGAAGAGAGUGGAGCAGAGGAGGAAGGAGAGAACCAAGAAGAGGAAGAGAGUGGAGCAGAGGAGGAAGGAGAGAACCAAGAAGACGAAGAGAGUGGAGCAGAGGAGGAAGGAGAGAACCAAGAAGACGAAGAGAGUGUAGCAGAGGAGGAAGGAGAGAACCAAGAAGAGGAAGAGAGUGGAGCAGAGGAGGAAGGAGAGAACCAAGAAGACGAAGAGAGUGGAGCAGAGGAGGAAGGAGGGAACCAAGAAGAGGAAGAGAGUGGAGCAGAGGAGGAAGGAGAGAACCAAGAAGACGAAGAGAGUGGAGCAGAGGAGGAAGGAGAGAACCAAGAAGACGAAGAGAGUGGAGCAGAGGAGGAAGGAGAGAACCAAGAAGAGGAAGAGAGUGGAGCAGAGGAGGAAGGAGAGAACCAAGAAGAUGAAGAGAGUGGAGCAGAGGAGGAAGGAGAGAACCAAGAAGAUGAAGAGAGUGGAGCAGAGGAUGAAGGAGAGAACCAAGAAGAGGAAGAGAGUGGAGCAGAGGAGGAAGGAGAGAACCAAGAAGACGAAGAGAGUGGAGCAGAGGAGGAAGGAGAGGGAGAGGAUAAGGAAGGUAGUGAAAGUAAAGAAAAUGAGGAGGGGGAGGAGGCAGGUGUAUGUGAGGAGGAGGGGGAGGAAGAAGAGGACGAGGGAAAGGAUGAAGAAAGUGGAGAAGGUGAGGAUGAUGCAGGAGAGGGUGAGGAUGAAAAGGAAGGUGAAAAGGAUGAGAACAACGAAGUUGAAAAGGGUGAGGAGGGACGAGAAGAUGAUGAGAAAGAAGCCAGGGGAGAGGAAGAGGUUGAAGGUGGAAAAGGUGAGGAAGAAGAAGAAGAGGGAGACAAAGAAGCAGAAGGAGAAAAGGAAGGAGAGGAGGAGGAGGAAGAAGAAAGACAGCAAGGAGAGGGGGAGGAUGAAGGAAAGGAAGAGGGUGAAGGGGAGGAGGAAGAAGAGGAAAUUAAGAAUAGAGAAGAUGAAGGAAAGGAUGAGGAUAUGAAAGAAAGAGAAGAGAAAAAUGAGGAGAAAGGAGAGGAUGAGAGUGAAAAGGGGGAUGGUGAAAAACAGGAAGAGGAAAGAGGAGUGCAUGAAGAGAGAGAUGAGGAAGCAAAUAAACCAAAAGAGGAAAGGGAGUGGCAAGAGGAGGAAGUGAAGGGAAAAAACAGGGAGGGGGAGGAGAAGGGGGGAGGUAAAAAAGAAGGGAAAGAAAAUAAGACAAGUGAUGGGGAGGUAGAACAAGAGGAAGAAGAGGGCACAUGUGAACAGAAAGGGGAGAUGGAUGAGGAGGAAGCGGGAGCGGGAGAGGAGGAAGGAGAAGAAGAGGAAGAGGAUAAAGAAAAGGAGGAGAAAGAUAGUAAAGGAGAGGAAGAGGAGGGAGAAGAAGAUGAAGAGGGAGAGGAAGAAGAAGAAGAGGGGGGGGGAGAUGGUAAAGGAGAGGAAGAGGAGGGAGAGGAAGAUGAAGAGGGAGAGGAAGAAGAAGAGGGGGAGGAAGAUGGUAAAGGAGAGGACGAAGAGGGAGAGGAAGAGGACGAGGAAGAAGAAGAGAGAAAAUCACAGAAAGGGAUAAAGAAAGGGUCACAGAGCGUACCACCUAAAGCAGCUCCCCCCAGCAGGAAAGGGAAGGAAGAGCCCCCAAUGGAGAAACCCAAACCACCAGCCCGCACCAAGCUGAGGACCACAGGGGGAAAACAGGCCAAUGGAACCCAAGAAUCCCAACAGUUCUGGAACAAUGUCUUACCCCAGUACCUGGAGCUGAAGUGAAAUAUACUGGACAUCAAUGGUUCCCAAUUUUAUUUGGGUCAGAACCCAUAACCUGACUGUUAAUAACAGCUGGAAUGGGUCUGGACCUCAGAAAACUAAGCCAGGUGCUCAAUAUACAGCACGACCCUACGUAAACUCCUUGAAUUUAAUCAAUAUCUGCAUACAAUUUACACAAUAUGCCCAACUGUACUGUAAGGUACUAAACUGAGUGUACUCAUGCACUAUACUGUACUGAAUUGUAAUAUACAGAUAUUUGUAUUAAAUAAAGAGAAAUUGAGAAUUUCACAGGAC